AUGAUGGGAAGCCUCCAAUACAACGACGGGGCUGGAACACCCGUCAAGGUUGACAUCAACGGGACAAUCGACAAAGGCUUCUUCUUGUCAGAAAACGAAUGGACAUGCUACCGGAGGAAUUAUUUCUCGUGCAUUUGCUCUUAUACUUUGAGCCCUCACAUACCGAGCGUCUCCAUUCAGUAUACUGCAACCGGCUCAACACAGCCAGUCCAAGUGUACGGAUUCGCCAUGUCUAUCUCAGCGGUCGUCUCUGACAAUGAGUCACACAACAUCGAGCUGGUGCAGCACACCCCAAAGCGUGACAAGGGACCUAUUAUGAAACCCGAAAAGGUUCGACUGGGUAGCAAGCCCCGUGAGGCGAGCCAUCACCACCAUAUGGGUAUGUUUACGGAUUCGGUCGUCUCCAAUCGUCCUGUAUACCCCGACAACUUCAGCAACCAACCUGGCAGCCAGCAACUACCUACGGAGCACACGUUUGAGCGCAUUCAAUUCAAGCAAGCCACGCAGAACAAUGGCAAACGAAGAGCUGCUCAACAGUACUAUCAGCUGGUUGUCGAGCUCUGGGGCGACGUUGGGAACCAGAGUGGUGGCGACCAGUUUGUCAAGAUAGCCACACGCAAGUCUGCAAAGAUGAUCGUACGGGGGCGCUCGCCAGGUCAUUACCAGAACGACAGGCGGGGAAGCCAAAGCAGUGGGCCAGGUGGAUCUUCAGGCAACCUUGGAGGCUACACUGUCGGAGGCAUAGCUGACUUCAGCAAUCCCAUGAUGGGCGGGCCAAGCUACACCCCGGGCGGAUUCGAUGCCCGCAGCAGCCUCUACAGUGUUCGUCACCACGAUAUCCCACCCGAAUCUAUGAUCCCUCAGGAGGACUCCAAGGCGAUCGGUACUGCACGGGAAUACCAAUAUUACCCAGGUCCAAUGUAUGAAGGGCAGAGUGAGCGCAUUGAUCUGUUCAAUCCUCGUACAGAACGCGAUAAUGUCGUGCCCCAUAUGGCCACAGGUAUGGACGUGAGCGGUAAGAUCAAGCCUGACUACGACGGCGCUUCUCUUCCCAGCAUCUUUCAUUCGCCAGCCCAGAUGAACGACCGCCCACCAGGGCCUUUCGAGGGCAAAUCCACAUCGAACGGCUACUAUCCAAUUCCUUCAUCAGGAAUCAACAUGACCAUGACAUAG